GGCCUCGCCCGCCGGCGCAGCCCGGGCUGACAUUCCUGGGAUUCUGGGCGCCUCUUCCUGAGCCCCCGCCCGUCCCACUCCGAGGCAGCCUUGGAGAGCCCCCCCCCCCCAGUCCUAGGGGAGGCCCCAGCUUCCCACCGGCCGCCCUCGGCUGUGCCCAGGCCCCGCCUGACCCGGCUGGACCAGCACUUUGCGCCCAGAGCGCCAACCUGCAGGGCCUGACAGCGCCCGCCUUCUCUCUGUCCCAGCCCGUCCCCGCCGGGCCGUUCGCGGCGCCCCUUCUGCGGUGUGCGGACCGGCGCGGGGUCCGAGGCGGCGGCGGGCGGCAGGUGCGUGGUCUUCCGCCUGGACCUGAGCCUCGUCUUCCUGCUGGAGCUGCGGCGCUGCGGGAUGGCGCGGGGCUGCCUGCGGGCUGUCAAGGGCCUUAUGUUCGCCUUCAACCUCCUCUUCUGGCUGGGCGGCUGUGGCAUCCUGGGCGUGGGCAUAUGGCUGGCAGCCACACAGGGCGACUUUGCUACUUUGUCCUCGUCCUUUCCGUCCCUGUCGGCCGCCAACCUGCUCAUGGUGACGGGCGCUUUGGUCAUGGCCAUCGGUUUCGUGGGCUGCGUGGGGGCCAUCCAGGAGCACAAGUGCCUCUUGCUGAGUUUUUUCCUGCUGUUGCUGCUAGUGUUCCUGCUGGAGGCUACAGCCACUAUCCUCUUCUUCACCUACACUGAGCAGAUCGACAGGUACGCACAGCAGGACCUGAAGCAGGGCUUGCACUUGUACGGCAGCGCUGGGAACGUGGGGCUCACCAACGCCUGGAGCAUCAUCCAGACGGACUUUCGUUGCUGUGGGGUUUCCAACUACACUGACUGGUUUGCCGUGUACAAUGCCUCCCGUGUGCCCGACUCCUGCUGCCUUGAGUUCAGUGAUGGCUGUGGGCUGCAUGCGCCUGGCACCUGGUGGAAGGCGCCCUGCUAUGAGACGGUGAAGGUGUGGCUGCAGGAGAACCUGCUGGCUGUGGGCGUCUUUGGCCUGUGCACGGCGCUGGUGCAGAUCCUGGGCCUGACGUUCGCCAUGACGAUGUACUGCCAGGUGCUGCAGGCUGACCGUCACUGUGUGUAGGGGCGGCCCUGGCCCGGCCUGCCAGGGGGAGCAGGAGGCCUGGGCCUGGAACCAGCCCUCCUGCCUGAGACCUGGGGCGUACCGGCCCCCCACAGCAGCGCCCCAAGCCCUGCGAGGCAGGGGACAUAGCCCUGCAGGCCUGGUGCUCACGGGGGCACAGCCCUACCUGUCUCCACAUUCCAUGCCUCAGCUCAACCCUCUGAAUAAAGUCUAAGCAGCUGU